ACCCAUUUAGGUUUUGUUCUUACAAGAACACAAGAACACAAACCUCUCAUCAUCUCCUCAAAUCAUUCACCAUAUUUCUUCCAAAUCCUUUCCAUGGAGUCAGCAAAUCUCCAAGAACUAUUCAGUGGAUACUCAUCCUUGGUACCAGCUCCAAGACCACCUCUUCUUACUCAUGAAUGCAUCCCCAACACCAUCUUGGAUGGAAAUUCCUACAACAACAACAACCCUUAUUUAAUGGAUCAAACCUUACCAUGUUCAAGAGAGAAUGAGAAUCCAUGGUUCAAUUUCUCAUCAAAUUACCAACAACAACAACAAGAACAACCCAACGAACACCACCUUUCAAAUCUCUAUUCUUGUGUUCAAUCUCCUACAAGCUAUGGAGGUUUCCAAGGGCUAUCAACUGGAUCCAAUACCAAUUAUUACAGCAAUGUUUUUUCGAGUAGUACAAGGAACAGCACUUCUACUACUUCAACGUUGGAUUUGUUGUCUUCUUCAUCAUUACAAGCUGCUGAUCCGCAUCUGGGGUUGCUCUCAAGUGGGUUUAACAAAAAGAGAGCCUUAUUUGGGUAUGUGCAAGAUUCAAUACAUAAUAACAGCUCCAACAGAGUAAAGAGACCACUUAACAGCUCGUCAUUGGCUAAAAAGUCCAAUGCUCAUGAAUCAAAGAGAUCCUGCCCACCAUUGAAGGUGAGAAAAGAGAAACUGGGCGACAGGAUUUCAGCACUUCAAAGGCUGGUUGCACCUUUUGGUAAGACUGAUACUUCCUCUGUUCUAACCGAAGCAAUUGGCUACAUUCAGUUUCUUCAUGACCAAGUUGAGACUUUAAGCAUGCCAUAUUUGGGGUCGUCUCAGAGCAAACCCUACCAGAAACUGCAGCCUGGUUCAACCCAGGAAGAUGGAGCAAAACCAAGGCCAGAUCUUAGGAGCAGAGGGCUAUGCCUUAUGCCUCUUUCUUGGGCCUCAUUCAUUCAUGGCUAUGAUUAAGAAAGAGCCUACACUGCAACAGAUUC